UGACAGGUUAUAGCGAAGCGAUCGUAGCCGCCGUGAGACGCUUUGGUACUUGAGAAUUAUUUGUUUUGAUUGCAAACUAUUCAUUUUAUUUUAAAUAUUGUAUCAUGAAGUGAAGAUUUGAAUAUAAGAGCAUAUACUUCAAUUCAACAAUGUUUUAUCACAUAUCUUUAGAACACGAAAUUCUACUGCAUCCUCGUUACUUUGGACCACAAUUAUUAGAUAUCGUAAAACAGAAGUUAUAUACUGAAGUUGAGGGCACUUGUACUGGAAAAUAUGGUUUCGUGAUAGCAGUGACUGCGAUAGAUAGUAUAGGUGCAGGUCUAAUUCAGCCGGGGCAAGGUUUUGUAGUUUAUCCUGUUAAGUAUAAGGCAAUCGUGUUCCGGCCAUUCAAGGGAGAAGUACUUGAUGCUAUUGUCACACAAGUUAAUAAGGUUGGAAUGUUUGCACAUAUAGGACCACUAAGUUGUUUUAUCUCACAUCAUUCAAUUCCGGCGGAUAUGGAGUUUUGUCCGAACGUGAACCCCCCAUGCUACAAGAGCAAGCAGGAAGACAACGUCAUACAGGAAGAGGAUGUCAUCAGACUAAAGAUAGUGGGCACCAGAGUUGAUGCUGCUGGCAUUUUCGCCAUUGGGACAUUGAUGGACGAUUACCUAGGAUUAGUGACACAGUGAAUUCUAUAAAUAAGUGUACAAGACUUUUCAAAUAAAACCAGUAAAGCACUUUGUAA